GCCCUUCGUGGUAACUAGCAAGUGAGAGCCGUUUGGUGAAGUGCUUUAGGGCCGACAAGCGAUGCCGUCUGAAAGUGCCUCGGAGCCUGCAGACGAUGCCAUCUGGAAGUGCCCCGAGAGCCUACAGGUGAUGGGAUGAACUCCGCUGUGGCAGGUCAGCGUUACCACCCGCUUCCCCCGGACAUAAUCGCUGGGAUGAACUUCGCUGUGGCAGGUCAGCGUUACGAACCGCUUCCCCCGGACAUAAUUGCUGGGAUGAACUCCGCUGUGGCAGGUCAGCGUUACGAACCGCUUCCCCCGGACAUAAUUGCUGGGAUGAACUCCGCUGUGGCAGGUCAGCGUUACGAACCGCUUCCCCCGGACAUAAUCGCUGGGAUGAACUCCGCUGUGGCAGGUCAGCGUUACGAACCGCUUCCCCCGGACAUAAUCGCUGGGAUGAGGUCGGCGAAGACGGAUUCUGCAACCUGUACGUGGUGCCGGCUACGAACCUGCUCCAAACGGAGCAGAGCCGAUGCAGAGACGCAAUUCCUGGAUCUUGGUCCCUGGCCUACAUAGAAUAUCUACAUAGUGCAUACAAUUGAAAUGUCCAUAAUCUGCCUUUCGCAAGCUCCAUGUGUUUUUGUUCAACCUCAUUCUGUAGAAAUCAAAUGGGUGCCGCAUGUGGUUGGCCAGAUCGAUAGCCGUAGCAUUUGUGCUCCUUCAGUAAUGCGAGCAAUUAGAU